AUGCCUCAAUUCAAGGAUGAGCAUGUCCUGCUCAUUGCCCCAGGCUCGCAAACCACGCUCGCGCAGUUAGGUCUACCAGAAUCAUUCACUCCUGCCAGCCACCGAUUCCCCACGCGCAUGUUCCCCGCCGAAAAGAAAGGCGAGUAUGAGCCGUUCAAGAUCCGCGAAAAGAGAAAACAAGCAACAUCUACAACCGACACUACAAAUGAACAGGAGAAGCCUGAUGUUGAUAUGACCGAGGCGCCCAAGCAGGAAGAAGGCACCGAGACCGCGAACGGCUCCACAGAAGAGAAAAAACCUGAAGAAACGAGCAACGCUGCGCCUGCUGAAGGGACAAAUGAAAACGGCACAGAAGCCAGCCCGGAAGAAGCAGAAGCCAAGGAGGAGACGCUCCUUGAAGAAGAUAUUGUGUCCGACGAAGGAGCCAUAUACCCUAUACAAAAUGGACACAUUGUCGACUGGCCCUGCUUCCUCGCUUUGCUCGAACAUGUAUACAACACUCUCAGUCCGCCAUUCCAUACCCCAAUUUUGAUAAUAUCAGAGCCAGCCUGGUCAGCCCGCGAUCGUGAGAUUCUGACACAAUUCGUUUUUGAGAAAUUCAAACCGCCUGCUUUCUGUCUGAUGGAUUCGGCUCUUGCGGCGUGCUAUGCUUAUGGCACGAUUACUGCUACCGUCGUUGAUGUCGGUUACGGCAAGGCCAACGUCACAGCUGUUUUAGAGGCUGCUGUGCAAGAAAACGGUCGAGGAAUUGCUCUAGAAGGCUGUGGCGGAGAAACAAUGACGGAUCGAUUGGAGGAGCUUUUGGCACCAAAGGGAUUCACAAGAGAAAUGUGCGAACAGUUGAAGCGAAGUAACAUCACAGAAAUUCUCCCCGCAGGGACACCGUUACCUGGGACCGCUGCAGCAACCAGCCAGAACGGCAACCCAGCCACCGCUGCUUCGACAGGUCCAAGUGACACAAAUAACGCUUCCAAGAUUCCACGUGGACCAGGCCGGGGAACACAAACUGAGAACAAUGAAAACGGCGAAGAAGACGAAGGCGUACUCGACGUUGCCGCCAUUGUCACUAGUGGCAAUACAAACGAGUUUCUGGCCAAACGCGAAAAGGAAAAAGCAGCUGCUGGGUCGAAAAAGGGUGGCGCUGAUGCAAAUAAACCGAACAGGUUACCAAACUCGAAACGUGAAACGGCCACCUUCCAGUUUGAAGAGUUUGCGCGAAUUGAGGAUUCGGUUCAAUAUGUACGGCAGAGACGGGAUGUUGAGGUUGGACCUGAGCGGUUCUUGGUUGCAAGUCCUGGCAAGGAUAGGAGAGAACGGGGCAGUGGUGGUAUUUUGGAGGAUCUGGCUGCUCAGAUUCACCAUACUAUUCUGGCUGUUCCGGAUGCUACGAAACGUAGCGAUUUGUGGGAUAACCUGAUUGUUAUCGGGAAUGGAAGUCGUAUUCGCGGCUUCGUUCCCGCUUUACUUUCUACAAUCACACAAAAAUACAUACUCUCACCAUCAGCCGGCAUGUUCACCUCUGAAAUUCCCUCCAAUAUAUCCACCCCAAUGGCAACCGGCACAACCACCCCAGCUGCCGGCAGCCAAACUCCAGGCCCUCUUCACCACCCAGCCGCCCACGGCGUCAACCCUCUCCUUGUUGCAGCAACACACUCCAAUGUACCCAACAUGCCACCAUCCACACCCGGCAUGGCCGAGAACCAAGCCUAUCUCUCCAUGGCAAGCAUGCACCGUUCUACCGGCCACUCGCAAACACCCACAUCCGUGAAAACAGUCAAAGCGCCCGACUACUUCCCCGAAUGGAAAGACCAAGGUGGCAGCAACGCACCGGGUGCUACAGGUGCAGGCGGCACAAAAACGACAUCUGCAAAUCUGGCGGGCGCGCCGCGUCCGGGGAUGGAAGAAUCGAUUUUCUUGGGUGCGCAGAUCGCGGCCAAGAUUGUCUUUAUUAAUGAUAAUCAGGGACAAUAUAAGGGUUAUUUGCCGCGGUCAGAGUAUAACGAGAAUGGGCCGUCCGCUAUUCACGAGUAUGCUCUGGUUUGA